UUAAAACUCCCGUGGAGCGAACCAAGCCCGGCAGAAUUGCGGGAGACGUUGGGUCUUCCUGGCUCCGAUGCGGAAGAGGGAGUCCCUAACCCACAUGUCAUCCAUAUGUUUUCGUAGGUCGACGCGUCCCCGGACGGUUACGGGGACAAAAAUCUCUUCAUCUCCUGAAAUACCGGUUUUGUCCCCCCCCGCUCCUGUUGAUAUGGACUCGUCCUUGCCGACGGGCUCCGCCCCCUUCGAUGACGCGUUUGUGGACUUCCGGCUCCCGCUAGGGGCGGAACGUGCACUUCUCGAGCCAUGUGGCUGCAGGGGUCUCCUGGGCCGCCCGCCGUCAAGAAGUUCGAGUGUCCCCCGGACUUCUCCCCCUCGGCGCCCCCGACCGACGUGCCAUUUUCGCUGGAGUCGCUGCAGUCACCGACCACCGAACUGUGGCUUAUCAAAGCCCCCGCGGACUUCGUUCCCGAGAGCUUGAAUGGGUGUCGAGUAUCACUGACUGGACUCAAAAACUUGAAGACCAAAGAUGGAAGUCGCCGUUCCUACCAGGUCCUGGGCAACCAGGGCAGCUUUGUGAGUGGUGGCCCCUGUCUGUUGGUGCCAUCUGCAGCCCGGGGACAACUGGUGUGCGGUCCAGCCCUGAAGGGCUCCCUCAACGUGUGUGAUGGGCCCCUGGCCCCACAGACUCCCUCUCAGCCUCUGUCCAUCCCAUCCCCACCCCCGCCUCAGAUACCACCAGGACUCCGCCAACGAUUCAGGGCAUUUGGUGGCAGUCCGCCUGUCCAGCUGAACAGGAAGCCCGGGGCCGUGGUGGACGCCGCAGACCCCAAGAGGAAGAGGACAAAGAAACGAGUGAGAGAGGCAGAGCUGGAGCUCAAACAAGAAGUUGAGUCCUGGGAUAGGGGUUAUGGGGUUCUCCCAGAUGGGCAGCCAGGCCUGGAGCCCCUAAGCCCCAAGCCCAAGAAGAGGAGGAGAAAACAGGAGCUCGAGGCCCCAAUUCUUGAGCUGCCUCCAGUAAAUAAGACAGAGCAGGAGUUCCUGUUGCAGCCCCCCUGCCAGCUGGAAGAGCCUUCCACCAAGAAGAGGAGGAGAAGAAAGGAGGAGGCCAGACCCCCAGAGCUGAAGCUGGACCCCUCAGUGCCAGAGCUGCCUCUGGGGGCCGAGAGAGUGUUGGAGCCCCUCUGCCAGCUGGAACAGCUCCCCACCAAGAGGAGGAGGAAGAUGAAGGAGGAAUCCGAGCCCCCGCAGACAGAACCCCCAGCGCCAGAUCUACCUGUGGGGACUGAGGCGAAGCUAGAGGCCGGGCCCUUGUCGGAGCCCUCCUGCCAGCUGGACCAGCUCCCCACCCAGAAGAAGAGGAAGAGGAGAAAGGAGGAGUCCGAGCCCCUGCUACCUGUGCUGCCCCUGGGAGCAGAGGCAGAGCUGGGAGCCGGGCCUCUGUCAGAGCCCCUGCCCCCCUGCCAGCUGAACCAGCUCCCCACCAAAAAGAGGAAGAGAAAGGAGGAGUCUGAGGCCCCAGUGCUGGAGCUGCCUGGGGUGACCGAGGCAGGGCUGGAGCCCCUCACCAAAAAGAAGAAGAGAAAGGAGGAGGCCAACUCCCCAGUGCCAGUGCUGCCCCCCGAGGAGGCUGGGCCAGAACCCCAGCCCAGGUCAGAGACCCCGACCCAGCACCCCACCAAGAAGAAAAAGAAGAAGCUGAAAGAGGAGAAUUGAGGAGGAGGAGGGGCACUGGGAACAGGACCAGACUAUAGUGCCUCCUCCUGCCCACCCUCUGCCCCGGUGAGCACAGAAGCAGAUGCAGGCAGUGGCACAGAUACACAGUUUAUUGGACGCACCACAGGUCACAGGGGACUACCGGGAUCCCUUCAGGAACGGCUCGUGCAGGGUAUCGAAGAGUCGCCGGGCCUGGAGUGGGGAGGACACCGUAGACGUUAUUAAAUGGCGGUAUUUGUCAGGCUGAA